AUGGCGGUGGGUAUGGAGGACUAUCCAGAGCACGGCAGCUCCUCCGCACCAGCCAGCACCAGCCAGCUAACCUGGGCAGGUGCCCGGGAGGCGUCUGCAGGCCGGCCGUGCCUCAUCUGGCCAGGCAGGCUCAGCGUCACCUCCGCCGUGCCCAGAAGACAGCCUGAUUUCCCGCUCCACCGUCAACCAUUUGACCGUGCGCUGCACAGCGUGCGAGAAGAUGACAACGACGAGGAGCACGGAUUCGGCCCUUUUUCCUGCUGCCAGAGGAACGGGGCCAGGGAGAGGAGCUGUGUCGUGGCGCGGUGCUGCGAAAACAACCCCCAGGAGCUCCAGCAGCUGGAGGGGCUGCUCACCCAGACGAUGAGGGAGCAGUGGUCGGAGCUGCUAGAAGCUGUUGAGGAACGGGUUAAGGUCAAGAAGCUUCUCAGGAACAAGGUCCAGCGCCUCCUGGAGAGACGGCAAUGCCUCCGACAGGCAACAGCUCUGAGACUUCUUCUGUUCCUCGCCCUCCUGCAGAUCCUUGUCCUCAUCGUGGUCUUACUGAAGAGGGACAUCCUUAACUGGGUCCUGCCACCAAAGCUGGCGGCCGCCUUUGGGAGCCGCCCAGCCAGGAACCUUCAGAGGAAUAAUACUAAAAAGUCGAGCAAGAAAAAGCUCUGGCCGGUUCAAGUCAUUGCCGAGGGAAUGGCUCCGCCACAAAGGAUCCUCUUUCCCCCGGAGAAGAUUUGCAUGGGCUGGCAGCAACGACAGAGAGCUGGAGCGGGACUCCACAACCUGCACAAUACGUGCUUCCUCAACUCCGUCCUGCAGUGCCUGACGUACACACCCCCUCUGGCCAACUACCUGCUCUCUCGUGAGCACAGCUUGUCGUGUCGCCAGCUAGGCUUCUGCAUGAUGUGCAGAAUGGAAGCGCACGUUAACAUGGUCUUGCCUUCCUCCGCCAGUGCCAUCGAGCCUUGGGCUGUCCUCAGUGUCCUCAAGCGAAUAGGAGAACAUUUCCAGCUUGGCAUGCAGGAAGACGCCCACGAGUUCUUACGCUAUACUGUCGAUGCCAUGCAGAGAGCUUGUCUGAGUGGAAGCAGCGACUUGGACAUCUCUUCUCAAUCAACUACCGUUGUCCAUCAAAUAUUUGGGGGCUUUCUGAGAUCCAGAGUCACGUGCUUGAGCUGCAAAGCGGUUUCUGAUUCCUACGAGACCUUCCUGGAUGUUCCUCUGGAUAUAAAAGCAGCCUCAUCGGUCAGCGCAGCUCUCGAGGACUUUGUGAAACCUGAGCAGCUGGAUGGUGAAAACUGCUUUAAAUGUAGCAAGUGUGACAAGAUGGUUGCCGCCUCCAAGAGGUUUACAAUCCAUCGGGCGCCAAAGGUUCUCACGGUGUGUCUGAAAAGGUUUGACCAUUUCACCGGCGGGAAGAUCAGCAAGGUUGUGGAGUAUCCCAUGUACUUGGAUCUUCGGCCAUACACGUCUCAGACAGCUGGAGAACCGCUCCUCUACUCCUUAUAUGCUGUCCUGGUGCACAGCGGUGGCAGCUGUCAUACAGGACACUAUUUCUGCUACACGAAGGCCAGCAAUGGACUGUGGUACGAGAUGGACGAUUCGUCUGUGGUUCCCUGUGACUUCAACACAGUUCUCAGGCAGCAAGCCUAUUUACUGUUCUAUGUCAGAAGACAAUUACUACCUGCGUCGUUCAGUGCUGUCAAACCCGAGCUACCCCACGUCAGUCCUUAUCCUUCCUUGCUGGGCUUUAGGCUGCUGCCCAGGUCUAAACUGCUGCUCCUCUGCUAUCUGAAGCUGGCUAAUGUAGAGGAGAGUAGUUAA